UAUCAGAGAUGCUAUUGCCAUAGUCCAAGAUCUGGGAAUGCGCUAUCUUUGGGUUGAUACAAUAUGCAUUCCGACCCCUGAGAUUGGGGAAAGCUACAAGCGAGAAGACGUUCACCAGCGCGAAAUCAUGCCAGAUAUCUAUCGUGGCAGUUAUGUUACGAUAGUCGCUACAGGACGAGAUGCACAGAUUGGCCUAUACGGAGUUCAAGAUACCAAAAGACUACCUCAAGUACGAGAGAACUAUAGUGGCAGAACACUGGCAAUACAAAAACCAUGUUUUGAGGACUCUGUAGGUGCUUGGCCAUGGAGUGAACGGCGUUGGACAUUUCAAGAAGCCCACCAACCGCGCCGACUACUGAUUUUUUCAGACGAACAAGUCUUCUUCAGAUGCCAUUCGGGUGUCUUGACAGAGUCAGUGCACAUGGAAGUACCGGAUAAUGAGAGAGGGCAUGUCAAACAUCGGCCAGUGGAUGAUGUUUGGUUAGACAAGGGGAAACCUGGCCUCGGAGAUGCGUUUAUAAGUUAUACACAACAUGCUUUGAAAUUCUCAUCAAGUGAAUCUUCUCGACCGUCAGAUAACGUGGAUGCUUUUCGAUCAUAUAUCCCUGUUAUUGGGCCCCUUUUUCACGGUCUUCCCACCAGCCCAGCGUGUACAUUUACCAUCGCACUAUGGUUUGAAGUGUUUGAUGGUCUGCGAGCUACAUCGGAACGAGUUCAAGUUCCAAGCUGGAGUUGGCUGGCUUGGAAGGUGCGUGAUGACGCAUUAUAUGGAGAUUGGAUUUCUCCUGAUACUGUUCUGGAAACUUCAUCUGAGAACACUUUUUGUCGCUUCUGGCGCUUCGAAGCUAGGACAAAUUCUACAUUCCCAGGAAAGCGGAAUUUAGUUCCUGUUGAUCCAAAUUAUCAUAUCCCAGUUGAAACCUGUGGCAUCAACAUGGAAGCCCUGACUGAGAAGGAAACAGACCUAGCUGUGGUAGCUUGGGAAGUUGAUGUGCUCAAACUUCAGUUUCUCAAUUGGCUGGAAGAUCAAUGUCUUGGUUGUGCGGCUCUAUCUCUAUUUGGCAGCCCAAACGAGAACAUACAAAGUCAGAUUUUCCAUGCCACAUUAGAUCCAAAACUUGACAUGUCUUGCACAGCUGAGAUCAAUGCCUUUCUUUUGUUUUCUAAUACAGAAGGUAAUUUCUUGCUGUUGGUCAAGACCAAUGAUAAAGGCAUCUCUGGACGUGUCGGUGCUUGUUACAUCUCAGAAACCCAAUGGGGAGAGAAUAAUUUGACGUUUCACAUGCGGAAAGACACACUGGUGCUAAUAUAACUUAUCCAAAAAGCCAGAUUCUAUUCCAUCAGCCAUCUGUCAUGCAAGAUUCUAUACCUUAGUAUGAAAUCUAGUUCUCUCUUAUUGCAAUUUGGCCGCCCCUGAUGUUCUUACCAGCCUUUUAUUCCUGGUCCUGUCCCUUUCUGUUAUCUCUCCUUUAUAUACUGAUAUACUAUUGGCUUCCCCUGAUCCUACUAGCUAGUUGGUUUCUCAUUCAUGGUUUUCUUGUUUGUUUUUCUUCUCUCUAGGUUUAAAUUCUUUCUAUCUCAAUCUAUUGUUUUGCGGGGUCUUGGAAUAUUGAAGCAUUU